AUGGAUUCAGCGAAGAAGGUGUUUGAUGAAAUGCCAAGGAGAGAUUUAGUUACAUGGAAUGCUUUAAUUUUUUGUUAUUCCAAGUGUGGAAUUGGUCAUGUGGGAGUAGAGUUGUUUCGUCAGAUGGGUAUUGAAGGAGUUAUUUCUGAUGGCUAUACUUAUGCUAUUGUUUUGAAUGAAUUUGCUUCUCGCUCUCUAGUCUUUGGGGCAAUGCAAGUGCAUUCAUUGAUUUUACGAUGUGGGAUUUGCUUGGAUCGCUUUAUUAGUAAUUCUUUAUUAAAUUUGUAUUCUAAGUGCGGUUUUAUUGCCUCAGCAAUGUUGUUGUUUGAGGAGAUGCCUAACCCAGAUGUUGUUUCUUGGACAUCAAUUAUUUCUGGACUCUCACAUUGUGGGUGUGUGAGCAAGGCGUUCUGGUUAUUUCACAAAAUGCGGGUAGCUAAUGUUGAACCAAAUUCUUUCACUUUUGGUGCUUUGUUUGGGGCUUGUGCCAAUUCUAGUGCAUUUCAAAAGGGAAAACAAUUUCAUGGCCUUGUUUUAAAAAUUGGUUUAGAGGCUAAUGUAGUUGUGGCAAGUGCAAUGGUGAAUACGUAUUCAAAAUGUGGUGAGAUGGACAACGCAUUCAGGGUAUUUCAGACCAUGCCCGAGAGAGAUAUUGCUUCUUGGAAUGGAAUUAUAUGUGGAUUUGCCCAAAAUGGUGAAGCUAUGAAGGCAUUGAAGCUAUAUGAUGAGUUGCAUAGUGGUUUGGUUAAAGAGGGAUAUGAUUACUUUAAUGACAUGAUUCAUAGAUAUAUGAUCAAACCCGAAGCAGAGCACUAUACAUGUAUGCUUGAUUUGUUAGCACGAGCUGGUCUACUACAAGAAGCCGAGGCUCUGAUGAAAGCCUUACCCUUUAAGCCUGAUGUUGUAAUGUUGAAUUCAAUGUUAGGAGCUUGCAAAUUACAUCGGAAUCUGGAAAUGGCUAGGCAUGUUGCGAAGCGUCUUUAUGUUGAUGAACCGUGGAACUCUUCAAACUAUGUGCUACUCUCUAACUUGUAUGCAGAUAUUGGUAGAAGGAGUGAAGCUAUAGAAGUUAGGGAAGUGAUGGAUGAUAGAGGAGUUCAGAAGAUUUUGGGAUUGAGUUGGGUUGAAAUUGGAAGUUGCAUGCACUCAUUUGUAGCAGCUGACAAGUUACAUCCUUGUAUUGAAUCAAUUUGUGAUGUUCUGCAAAGACUCUCUCUGCAAAUGCAAGAAAGCUACCAAAAUGAAUUUAGUUUCCCAUUGAACUGA